AUGUCGCAAGGGAUCCCAGCGGCCGGCAGCGUCUUGCAGAGAAGCAUCGCGGCGCCUGAGAACCAGCCGCAGCCUCAGCCACAGCAGCAGGCUCCUGAAGAUGAUGACAGGAAGGUUCGAAGGAGAGAAAAAAAUCGAGUUGCUGCUCAGAGAAGUCGAAAGAAGCAGACUCAGAAGGCUGACAAACUCCAUGAGGAGUAUGAGUGCCUGGAGCAAGAGAACACAGUGUUGCGAAGAGAAAUCGGGAAGCUGACAGAGGAGUUGAAGCACCUGAGCGAGGCCUUGAAGGAGCAUGAGAAGAUGUGCCCUCUGCUGCUCUGCCCCAUGAACUUUGUGACAAUGCCUCGACCCGACCCUAUAGCUGGCUGCCUGCCCCGGUGA